GUGCGCAAGGAGAGCGUCGACACGUUCGGCUUGGACUCCUCUCUUUUGGCCCGGAGCUGGGGGGUAGGGGCCGUCCCGGCCGGUUGUUUUGGGUACGUACUUGGCGUGCCGACCUGAAUGAACGGGCCCAAUCGCCGACGUCCCCUCGGGGAGGACGGGCACGUCCCCGCAGGCUGCAGCAACAUCAUCCCUUGUUGGACUAGGUACCUACUAAUAGCAACACGGCCCUCGCUCUCGUUUAAAAGAAGAACUACCCUGUCCAAAAAGCUGGGUCUGCUGCUACUAUUCCUUCACAGAGUUUCGCCCAUCAUGGCCGGUCCAGUCGGUGUUCCAGGCCGAGAGCACGCCGCCUAUGUCGAGUCCGUUCGGUCCCAAAACUGGGUCAAGAUGCAGGAAGCAGUUCAGAAAAUCCGCCAAAUUUACGACGCGGGGACGCCUUUCUUCAACAAGGACGCUAUGCGGCAGAUCGUGCUGCAGAUCGAAAACGUUGAAAGUGGCAAGCCCGGGAAGGUCUCUGUGACGGGGCUCGACGGCACCAUUGUCCAGCUCACUGUUAGGACUGGUCAAGUUGACACCGACAUAGGAGACCCCGACGUCGAGGAGGUCUACACAAAAGCCCACUUGGGUUAUCACACAGUCGACCACCUCACGACAUUUGACCACCCGGUCAGGUUUCACCCCAAACUUGCCUAUCUCCCAUUGAGCAUCACUCAUGUGACAGAAUGCCGCAGCGCCAGAACCAAGUCUCCCAUCCGCCAGUGCCCGUACCUAUCCCCUGCACAAGUCAGCGAGAACUUCCAGCAGGACAGGGUCGCGUGGGAGACCAGCAAGACGUGCGACGAGCUCAAAUCGCUCCUAGCAUCGGCCGGCCUCCCCCCAUAAAAAGAUCGUGGCCUUUGCCUGCUCCAGCAUGACGUGGAACGACGGAGCCAGCCGCCGAAGCACUGUGCAGCACGCCCUGAUUUCCAUGGCUGAUAUCAGUGUCGACGAGAAGAUCACAGAGAAAGAGCUAGAUUGGGGCUUUGAUGCGGCUGAAGUCUUCCUUAUGGGGGCGACUUUCGGGCAUUGUCAUAGAAAGCGGGAAAAUAAAAAGAUAAAAAUAAAGAUAAGAAACAGUUAUUGAGGGGACGGUUUCUUAUUUUUGCCUGGGCAUAGGGGCGUAGAAUCGCGAGGACGG